UGGUGAAGGGAUUUGUGUUUAAAUGUGUUUUUUUAAUUUGUGAACAGAAAUACUUUUGUUUGUCAUUUUAUUGUUGUUGCCAGUGUUUGAGAAGGACAGGAAGUGACUGGUACGGAGGGACUGCGAGGUACAAUUGGUUGUUUGAAGAGAAAGAAAAGUUAAAGUCGGACAUUUAUCAACAUUGUUCGACAAGGACUGUUGACAGUUCAAAGGUGAUCGUGUGUCCUUUGAGUGGACUGCUCAAAUCACGCUGUAACGUGGUGGAAUUAGCCGCUAAUACAGAGGCUAAUUGGAUGCAUGACGUUAGCAACAAGCUAACGCCAGCUCGCGAGGCCUGUGUUGGACCACGUGGAAGAAGACGAGGACGCUUGCGACGAGCUAACGCUAGCGAGGCCACCAUCGGCUGGCGAGGCCGGCUUUGGGGUACAAGGACAAAGCUCUUCGCAACGGAUCGGACCGUGAGGACUUGGGUGAGGCUGGACCAUUGGACACGACCCUGGACGUUCGACACGAGACAUUGGGAUUCCCCAGAAGCAGAACCGUCUGUCUUCCCAGACUUGCGGUCUGAUACGGGCCCGGCAGGAUCACCCGUGACCUUCCGGUGCUCGGUCUUCUCGCGCCCUCACAAUAAAACGUGUACGGAUGGACACGACGUUUUCUGGUUCCGAGCCGCAACAGAUGUCGCGCAUCCCAGCUUCGUUUACGCUCGUGAAGAUUGCGGAGAGGUCGAAAGUGGCUCGGUGCAGAAAUGCGUUCACGGUUUCUCGAAGGACGUCGGCUCCUCCGAGGCCGGAACGUACUCCUGUGCCGUGGCCGCGUGUGGCCAGAUUUUUGUGACAACUGCAAAGACAAUUAUCAAAGAAGAUUCCAGCAAGUGUUCUUUACAUGGGUUUGUCAUCAUCAUCAUGAGUGUCGCUUUGGUCAUUAGCUUCAUCGUGUCAGGCUUCCUCAUAUUCAAGAUCAAGACAAAAAUAUGUUUUUGCUUCCAAGCUCGUCCGCAAACCUCUGACGAAACGGUCAGUGGUGUUCAGCAGAGGAGGGACGAGGACGCUUUGGUUUAUUCUGUGCCGACCGUCGUCAGGAAAAGUGGCAAAGUGAGGCAGACAAAUGAGGAAUUUAGCACUUACACCGAUGUCCGUCUUCAUGAGUCCUGACACGGUGGUAUUAAUCCGAUGCUCAUUUUCAAGGCCUUAGAGACCUUUGGUUUAUUCUUUUUUCAAUGUAGGCCUUCACAGUAUAAUGAACUAUAUUUUGAACUAAUCACUGUACAAAGGUCUGAUGUCUCUCAGUCAAUCUGAAAAGAAUGAUUUGUUGACUUAGAUCCAAUUAAAAAAAAAAAAAAACUACAUUCUACGAGUUGCCUGGUUGUAAAAGUGGUAAUGAUGAAUUAUUUCUGAAAAGUUACUCAAGUUAAGUGCUUUCAUGAUCACGACGGCCCAGCGUGGCGCUAGUCCCGACCGACAAGCCUUCUGUGGUUGUCGAAGAGACUUCUGGAGACUCUGAACGCAAAUAAAUGCCGCUUGCCCACAGCCACCACUGGCUAAUUCAAACUUAAAGAUGAGAUCGUAGUUCGACUUGCGGAUGCAGCACUUGACUGCCAAACUGAUGACUGGAAAGAGCAACAGCAUGAUUUAUGUGAGAAUGCAGUCAGACCCCACAGUGACAUUUUUGUAACGACAUCUGAUCAGGAAAUGCGUGUUGCAAUCACACACGAACUACAUACUGAACAGGUGACAAUUGUUACCCCCCCCCUCCCCCUUCCUCACUGAUACCUUAUAUUUAAUGUUUUGUCUAUUAUUGCAAACCUUAAAGUUUAUUAACAAUAAACCAA